CUAUGUCCAAUGUUGUUGGUGUUAUGUAAGUCGGCUGCAGCGAGAGUAGCAACGUGCAACGCGCUCUCAGUUUCGCCUUCACCGCUGACCACGAUGGACAUCCUGCUAAGGCUGAUGACCGGCUCCAUCGUCGCGAUAUUCACGUUCGUGCGGUACAUGAAAAUCAUCCUGUUCUUCUACAGAAAGUACACAAAGGUAUCACCAAUCACCAACAACGUGCUGAAGAUCAGUGCCUCUAAAGUGGCGGAGAAGAUCAGGAAUCGAGAGAUCAAAAGCUAUGAUUUAGUUAACGCGUACAUUCAGAGAGUCAAAGAAGUUAACCCUACGAUUAAUUGCGUCGCUGAGGAUAGGUUCGAGGCGGCUUUGCAAGAUGCAAAGAAAGUAGAUCUUAUGUUGGACGAUGAUAACGUGGAUCUGGAUGAGCUGAGGAGAACGAAACCUCUUCUGGGGCUUCCGAUCACCAUCAAAGAAAAUUUACCUGUUCAAGGCUUGAGUUCGACUUUGUGCUCGAAGAUUCGUAUCGGAUUCAAAGCAGAGGAAGACUGCGAUGUUGUGGUUAAGGUUAAAGCGGCAGGUGCCAUACCGAUUUUGGUAUCGACAACACCUGAGUUCUGCAUGUGCAUGGAGACAUACAGCAAAGUCUUCGGUAUUUCCAAUAACCCUUACAACACGAUGCGCACCACCGGAGGUUCUUCUGGAGGCGAGGGAGCUUUGUUAGCAAGUGGAGCUUCACUAAUCGGAGUUGGAUCGGAUUUGGCUGGUUCCAUUCGCUUCCCGUCUGCAUUUAAUGGCAUUUUCGGUCAUAAACCAACUCACGGUUACAUUCCUACCAAUGGAUCUUUACCUGAAUCUGAUAACGAGGAGUUUAACAGGUACCUGGCAAUUGGUCCAAUGGUGCGUUACCCAGAAGAUCUCAGAUUGAUGAUGAACGUUUUAGGUGAAAACAUGGGUAGUCUCAAAUUGAAUGAAAAGGUAGAUUUAAGUAAAAUUCGCGUUUUCUUCAUGGAAGAUUGCAAGACGAACUUUGGUCUGGUGAAAGUACAAAGGGAAAUUAAGCAGGCGAUUCGCGAUUCCGUCCGACAUCUUAAGGAUAAAUGUCAAGCAGAGAUCAGCGACAAGAAGUUCCAGAAUUUGGGAUUAUCCCCGGAAAUGUGCUCAGCUGCAUCCAGUACUCUGGAAUACGUGUCUCCUCUCAGAGCCGGAACCGAAAAAUUCUGGGCCGUUCCACAACUUCUGAUCAAUGCGUUCAGCCUGUCCCGUUUCUGCGAAUACACUAUGGUCCAUGAUAUUCUCGACACUGUCACCAAGUGGACGCCAAAACGCAAAGUCAAGAAGUACUUCAAAGUUAUCGAUGAGCUCAGAGAAGAAAUGGCCGAAAGUUUACGAGAUAACGGUGUGUUUUUGUAUCCGGUUUAUCCGACAACCGCCCAAAGACACAAGGAAUGGAUGCUGGGAUACGCUUCCAUCUAUUACGCAUUUAUUGUCAACAUCUUGGGUUUCCCAUCCACCACAGUUCCAAUAGGUUGCGACAGGAAAGGACUUCCAGUGGCUAUACAAGUAAUUGCCAACAUGAAUCAAGAUAGGCUUUGCCUUGCUGUUGCUGAGGAACUUGGAGAAGCCUUCGGUGGAUGGAUUCCUCCUUCAAAUUAAUAAUUAAGACUGACUCACAUUUAAAGAAAAGAUGGUCCAGUGCAAAUAGUUUUUUUUUUUUAAUUUUGAUAAGAGGGUUAUCAAUAUUUUAUAAUUACUUCAAUUCCGUGUUUAACAGUAAUAAUCUAUAUGUUAAUAUUUUGUAAUUUAAUAAAGAACAAUUUAUUU